GGACGAGGGAGGACGAGGGACGAGGCGGGAGGAGGGGAGCUUUACGGGCCGCCUUUCGGCCAGCCCGUGCCCGGCUCUGUGCGGGGUCGCGCCAUGCGCAGCAACCGCGAGGCGUUCCGCGGGCGCUGAACCGCCCUCCCCCCCCCCCCCCUCUCCCUCCCCCCUCCCCCCUCCGCCUCCUCCCGCCUCCUCCCUCCUCCUCCCUCCUCCCUUCCUCCUCCUCGGCCUCCUCCACUACCGCCUCCGCCGCCGUCGAGGCCGCUUCUUCCUCGCCGCGGCGGCGGCCUCACGUCCCAUGCGUUGCGGCACCCACGCCCGCGUAGGUCGGCCGCGGGGGAAGCUCCCCCCCCCUCCCCGCCCCCGCCCUCCCCUGCUCGACCCCUUGCGAGAGCGGGCGGUUCACCCGCGCGCCCUCCUGCCGUCCGGACUCUGCGACUCCCGCCCCGGCCCGUGCCUCUCUUCUCUCUCUGUGCGCGAGCGGAGCCGCCCUUUGCGGGGGGGUGGCGGGUGGCGGAUCGGGGACCCACCACUUGUUCCUUACUCGUGUGCGCCUGUGUAAUUGCGUGUGU